AUGAGACCCCCGCACCUACACCUGUGCACCGCCUCCGGCGCGCGGGCUUUGGCGAGGCUGCUGCUGCCGCUGCUCGUGACGCAACUCUGGGUCGCAGAGGCAGUGCUGCUCCCCAGAAACGACACGGGCUUGGACCUUGUGGUCUCCGGCGCUCCGUGCGCGCGCGGUUCGCAGCCCUGGCAGGUGUCCCUCUUCAAUGGCCUCUCGUUCCACUGCGCGGGCGUCCUGGUGGACAAGAGUUGGGUGCUCACGGCCGCGCACUGCGGGAACAGCAAGCCUCUGUGGGCUCGCAUAGGGGACGACCACCUGCUCCUUCUUCAGGGCGAGCAGCUCCGCCGGACUAUUCACCCCAUUAUCCACCCCAAGUACCACCAUGGCUCGGGCCCCAUCCUGCCCAGGCGGACAGACGAGCAUGACCUCAUGCUGCUAAAGCUGGCCAGGCCUGCUGUGCUGGGGCCUCGCAUCCAGACCCUGCGCCUGCCCUACCGCUGUGCCCAGCCUGGAGAUGAGUGCCAGGUUGCUGGCUGGGGCACCACAGCUACCCGGAGAGUGAAAUACAACAAGGGCCUGAGUUGCUCCAGGGUCACUGUCUUGAGCCCUAAAGAGUGCGAGGUCUUCUACCCUGGUGUGGUCACCAACAACAUGAUGUGUGCAGGACUGGACCAGGGUCAGGACCCCUGCCAGAGUGACUCUGGUGGCCCUCUGGUCUGUGAUGAGACCCUGCAGGGUAUCCUGUCAUGGGGUGUUUACCCCUGCGGCUCUGCUCAGCAUCCAGCUGUCUACACUCAGAUCUGCAAAUACAACUCCUGGAUAGAGAAAACCAUACGCUCCAACUGACCCAGAGGCCGCGGACACCACCAGCUGCCUUCUUGCUACUUCCUCUGAAGUUGCAGGGGCUGAACUCUCCCCCUGCCCUAUUUGAACCUUUGCUGCCCAUCCACACCCUCAAACAUCUCUCCUCUCCUCAAACUACCUCCCCCUGCCUAUUGCUGCUCUCUGCACACUUUGAAGCCAUAAGUGGGACAAAGUUUUAUUCAAAAGAAGCAAGGAAGCUGGUGGUCACCCAGUCUCUCAGAGAAGUUGUCACGCACUCAACCUGCCUCCCUCUACCACUCCCUGCUGUGUGACCUCCUGUAAGCUAAGUACCCUCUUGGGGCCCCUAUUUCCUCACCUGGAAAAUGGGGACAAUGAAGUGCCUACCUCAUAGAUGCAUUAUGCGGAGAUGAUCAUAUGAAAUGAGUGUGUAGGUUGCUAUGGUAAUUAUCAGUAAAGCAUUAAUGCAGGGGUUGGUGAUCCCUGACUAAAUUUUA